AUGAUGAUCAAGAGGCGGAUAUGGGGCUUACUUUUGGCCGUAGUUGUCAUUAUAAUACUGCUUCGAGGCUCUGGAUCAUCGCGAAAUUCGCUAAGAAAUGAUAAGCUCGAUAAUGGCUGGUUGCAACCAAAUGUAUACAGAUGGGGAGACCAUGUUGAAUUGCUUGUUAACAAAGUUGAGUCGGAUUUAACGCAAUUCCCAUACGGUUAUUAUGAUCUACCAUUUACUUGUCCCCCCACUGAGGAUAAGAAACCAUUGCAUCUAUCAUUGAAUGAAAUUAUUAGAGGAGAUCGUAAAUGGGAGAGCGAUUAUAAAUUAAAGUUUGGUCAAGAUGCUUCAUGUGAAGCACUAUGUGCGAGAAAGACGAAGCCUGCGGGGAUGCGACGGGCACAAGAACUCGUAAGACAGGGAUAUGUCGUUCAAUGGCUAAUUGACCAGGAAUUGCCUGCUGCAACGACGUUUAUUUCAACGAUUGACCAUAAGAAAUACUAUGUUUCUGGUUUCCCGCUUGGGUUUGUGGAUCCCGAUACUGAAAAGACAUAUUUGAACACGCACGUUAUGAUGGUUAUUAGGUACAAUGCAAUCGAUCCUGAGACUUUCACCAUAGUGGGAUUUGAGGUUUACCCUAAAUCGGUAUCUGAUUAUCAUUGUCCUGGCGCCUCUAAGGGUUAUGAACAGUAUGAGCUUAUUGUCCCAGAAAACGAAGAUGAGCUAACAUAUAUCCCAUUCACGUAUUCUGUGUACUGGCGUGAGGAAUUCAAGGUAGACUGGUCACACAGAUGGAAUUUUUUCCUAAACAGUGGUGAGAUGUCAGAAGCUUCAUCGAGAAGAUUCCAUUGGAUGACAUUGGGUAAUUCGGUGGGAAUUUCAUUCCUACUGAUGCUUAUUGUCAUUGCAAAUCUGUACAGGAUAGUCAGGGUGGGUCAUGAAGCUGGUAGUGAAGAAUUUCAAUUUACAUUUGAUGAAAAUGAGGAAGCUGAUUCGAUCUAUGGAGUAGCCAAAACAUGGCUUGCCCAAACGGAUUCCUCAUCUAUUUCUUUCAAGAUAUUAACCAUUUUCGUUUCGAUAGGUGUUCAGUUCCUAUUCACAAUCAUAGGUUCUUUGGCCUUUUCAUGCUCUUUGAACAAACUGCACAACAUCAGGAACUCUGUGCUCAGUGUAGCGUCUUUUUUUCUUUGUCAUUGGAGCUAUUUAUGGCAUCUAUUUGUAGGUACUUGGCUACACAUUGACCAUCGCACCACAAACGACGGUAGCGCUGGACGCUGUCGAACUUUCUCCAUUCUUUGCGGUUCAGCGUUACCAGGUUUAGUCAUGAUCAGUACCCAAAUGUUAAACUGGAUCGUUUGGGCUAACGAAUCCUCACAUGCAUUGCCCUUCCGUACCAUUGUUUUAUUCGUGUCCAUAUAUUUCGUCAUUUGCAUCCCACUGAGUCUGCUAGGCGAGGAGGUGUCUCACAGAGUACAUCGUAAGCAGGCUCAAAAUUUUCCCAUUUUGUCUUCCCUAGGUGCUAGAUCCAUCAAACCUUGUAGAGCGCCUACGACUCUGGCACCUAGGAAAAUAUCUGAACGCUUGACAUUUGAUUUCGCCACUUUUGCGAUAUGUGGAUUUCUGCCCUUUGCAGUGAUCUACGUGGAAUUGCAAUACAUUUACAAAUCAGUCUGGCUUGAAAAGACAGAUUUUUACUACCUUUACGGUUUCUUGCUAGCAAACAUCAUAUUACUAUGCAUUGUGGUAUGUGAAGUAUCAUUCCUAGGUUGUUACGUCAUGAUGCGUAAACAUAAGAGAGUCGCUACGUUUGACAGUUGGCGUUGGAAAUGUUUUAUGAUGGGUACAAGUUGUGCAUGGUAUAUGGAACUUUACUCAUUAUACUAUAUCUUCCACACCUUGAAGAUGACCGGCUUCCCCUCCAUCUUUAUCUCUGUCUCCUACAGUCUCAUCUUCAACAUCAUGUGCGGCUGUGGGAUGGGUUCAUUGGGGUAUUUAACAUCUUGUUGGUUAGUGAACAGAGUCUUCUGUACAAAAUACAACAAAGCAUAA